AGCCUACAUCCUGGGAGGGGUAGUUCUGACGCUUGUGACGUGCUGGACGUCACAUCACUGUGGUCACGUAACGCACGUACCGCUGGCGACGAGUUCAGAAAGAGGGAAAUUAGUUUGUCAGAAACGGAGGAACCAGAGAGUCGAGCAGCAGCAGCAGCAGCACACCAAAGCUUUUCAGGAAAAUGAAUCCAGAGGACGACAAGAGGACUGACUCAUGCAGCAGCCCUAUUUUUGUGCACAACCCACACCUGGAUGCAAUGAAAGAUGACAUCCUCUACCACUUUGGUUUAGGAACCGGAACCCACGACCUACCAGCUAUGUUUGGUGAUGUCAAAUUUGUGUGUGUCGGGGGCAGUCCUUGGAGAAUGAAAGCAUUCACUGAGUAUAUUGCUGCUGAGCUCAGAAUGGAAGACCCCAAAUCAGAGUACCCAAACAUCUGUGCUGGAACAGACCGCUAUGCUAUGUACAAAAUUGGCCCUGUACUGUCUGUCAGUCAUGGAAUGGGCAUCCCAUCUAUUUCCAUAAUGUUACAUGAGCUAAUAAAGCUCCUCCAUCACGCUCAUUGCACAGAUGUUACCAUUAUACGCAUUGGGACAUCCGGUGGAAUAGGUGUUCAGCCGGGCACGGUUGUUGUCACCAAGCAGUCUAUGGAUGCCACCUUCGUGCCCAAGUUUGAGCAGGUGAUCCUGGGGAAGACGGUGGUGCGCAAUACUGAUCUGGACUCGAGCCUGGCUGAGGAGCUGUUGCAGUGCAGCAAGGAGCUGAACCAGUUUGAGACGGUGACAGGCAACACCAUGUGUACACUGGAUUUCUAUGAAGGGCAAGCCCGUUUGGAUGGUGCUUUCUGCUCCUACACUGAGAAGGAUAAACAGGACUACCUCACUAAAGCCAGAGAAGCAGGCAUCUGCAAUAUUGAAAUGGAGUCAUCUGUUUUCGCUGCUAUGUGCAAGUUGAGUGGCCUACGAGCGGCUGUGGUUUGUGUGACAUUCCUGGAUCGGCUGGAGGGGGAUCAGAUGAAAGCCUCUCACGAAGUUCUUCACAAUUAUCAACAACGUCCUCAGAUACUGGUCGGCUACUACAUUAGGAAGCAGCUGAGGACCAAAGCAGCACGUAGCUAAGUGUACACAUCCAGAUCUUCUCUUGAAAACAUGAUGCAAUGCAAUUACUCAGCUUUAAAAAAAAAAAAAUUGUAUAGGCCAUUUCCUGCUCACCAAUAAGCCAUACCUUUUUAAUACUUCCAUAAUAUUCACUGAAUUUUUGAUUUAUGCACUGACUUGUAUUUAUCCUUUGGUACUUGUUUAGCUGAUUGAUUUCACUGUCUUAAUAAAUUCCUCUUGUUUUUAACUUAAAUAUGAUAUAACUGAACUUUAAAUGUUGUGUAGCAGCAUAUAGUCAUCAAAUAUGUCUCAUUUAAGGCUGCCUCUGUUUUAUACAACAUAUAAAGUUCUUUAUCCAUAAAACCUGAAUCACUUCAUGACUUUUGGUCAGUCUAUGCUUACAACGAUGCUGUAACAAAAUAACCUCAAACUGUCAUUACAGAAAUGAUUCAUGAAAACUACAAAAAAAAAACACUGAUGAUACAUUUGUGUGCAAAAUAUGUAUCAUUUGGAGGGUUUUUUUAUACAGAAUGUAUGUUGCAUUGUUGUUUUUUUUACCGUUAGGCUUCUGUAAUGUUUCAUUGAGAACAUAAAAAACAAAAAAAAAUGUCACUUAUUUGAAUCCACUGAAUGUCUUAUCGCUAAUAAAUCCUCGCGAAGUCUGAA